AAUGGAUUCAAAAAUGUCAAAUUCAGAACUAGAGUCAAGCAACGAAGUACUUCAUCAGAGAACAGAUACCAAGAGCAUCUUUGAUAGAGCCUUGUUCAUCAGAUUGGAUGGUAGUCUAGAGUCUAAAUCAGCCUUCAUGACAGUGAAAAACCUGCAGAAUUGUCCCGAUGAAGAGGAUAGAAUUCCUCCGCUGGUGCAUCUUGAUCUCAGGUUUGAUUUGCUUAGAGCAUUCUUGGAAGAAAUGCAAAAGGCUGUUAAUCAGCAUGCCGAGAUUAUUAACAAUGUCCAGAAAGCGGUCAAAUACAGGUGCACAGAAAACUCUAUGGCUGAAUAUCUCGAACGAAUUGCCAAUGGUCUCCAUAAGGACUGUGGGGAGCGGACUUUUAAUAUUGGGAUUAAUGAUGAACUCGCGAAAAAGCACCACCAAACAGAAGAAAGUCCUAUUUUUAAACGGGCUGUUGAUAAACUCAUGGGUAAAAUGGAGAUUAUUUCUGCACAUUUGUUGCAAACCAUCAAGAACCAAUCAAAAACUGACAAGAGACUUGAAAACAUUGAAAAGGACCUUGCUAAAGUGCAGUUAGAUCACAUCAGCAAGUCGAGUUUCGCUGAAGAAAAGAGGAAAAUUCAAAAUGACUUAUUCGAGUAUUUAGACAAGAACUUGGAUAAUUUCAACCAUACUCUUGAAGAUCACGCUCAGGAACUGGAGAAUAAAUAAGAAUCAAUUUGAGAACUUUGUCAAGGAAAAUGAAGCCAAAACUUUAUGGAAAAUCAAAGACUGAGAAGAACUCCUCCAGAAAAGAGUCAGUGAAACCUUUGUUAGUGACUCUAUAUCUGUACUGGAAGCAAAGCUUGUCACAAAGAUGGAGAAGAGCCAUCAGCAGACUAUUUCACAAGCUACGAAUAGAGCUGAAGAGAAAGUAAAUAUGAGAAUGGCUGGUUUGGAGAAAUUUACUCAACAGGAAAUUAAUAUUUUAAAUACCAAAAUUGUGGAGCAUGACUCUGAGAUUUCAAAGAGAAUGACGGCUACUGAUCUAGCUCCUCUUAAAAAUUCUAUUAAGGAUACCAGAUAUAGCUUUGAGAAGGAGAUCGAGUCAGUUAUGGGUCAUAUUAACAAGUUUAUAGAGUAUGGAAGAAGGAUUUCCUCUCUUGAGUCUACCUCUAAGAAAUCACAAUCCUCUUCUUCUGGUAAUGAGCCUGGUCAGAAAAAGGAAAAGAGUGGAGGAUCUGGUUACAACGCUGAGAUUAGUAUUAAGUACAAAAUCAUUGAUGAUAAAAUCAAAAACCUGACUGCAACAUGAGAUUCUUUGAAAGCUGAUCUUGAAAAUAAGGCUGAUGCAGGAGAUCUUAUCAAAAUUGAGAACACUAAAGUCUCAAAGGAGGAGCUCCUUGCUCUUCUUCCUUCUGAAGAAUCCAAAGAUGUUCUAAAGGAAGAAUUCAAAAAUGAAAUUGCUUAUUUUCAUAAAACUAUAGAUGAGCUUGCUAGAGCUUGGGAUUUGAAGCUAGUCAAACUACGGAAGGAGAUAGACAUGUUUUCGAUUAAGAAAGAGAUUGGAAGACGAGCUCUUACAGAAGACAUGAAGCAUGACUUCCAUGUAAUCGAGUCCAAAUGUGCCAAGAUGGAACACCUCGUCAGCAACUUUUCAUUUGAAGUUGAUGGGUUUUAAGGAUUUCGUACACAAAGUUACAAAAAGUAUCAACGAGUUACAAGAAAUGAACAAAGAUGUUCUUGUUGGAAACAAGAACAUAAACUGUCUCUCAUGUGGACGAGAGGGUAAAAAGUUUACUCCCUCCAUCCCUACUCUACCAGAUAGAGACGGAAGAGGAAUUUACAAAGGGCGCGCUUCAAGAGGUUUCAGCUCAAAACUUGAAAAGUCCAUAACAGACCCAGAUAUUGUUGAAAACAAGUUCUUCAACCACAGGCGAGAAAUUAGUCCACUUAAAACAAACCAGAGCCAUACUCACAGUAGGAAAAAGUUCUCCAAACCUUCAUCAAGUUAUGUAAAGAGACGCUGCAUGACAGCUUCUUCUACCAAAUCGAACUCCAGAUCUGGUGCUAGGCGGGCUUAUAACCGGCCAGUGGAGUUACAGAAUACUUCAGAGUCGCAUAUUUAUAGGGAAGAGAAUAUUUAUGAGCAGAUUAAUUAGACUUCAAUUUUGAGAUA